UGAACCUCCAUGAAGAAGAAGAGGUCCAAAAGCAACCGCGAAAAUGUGCUUAAGAGUGCUAUUAGAGAAAGACUAACAGUUCCAUGUAGCUUAGCGGCUAAUCAUGGCUCCUUCACUGAGCAGCCCGUGUCGAUUUACAUAGUAGAGUUAUCUCUCUGAAGCGAGCACGCUAUUUUUAAGGGUUGAAGACUCCCCAAUUCAACCAUGACAUCAAAAAAAGUUCCUGCGGCUGUACUCAAAGAUGUUGUGGCGUAUGUGGACGUGUGGUCUGCGAGUAAGACAGAGAAUUACUCCGAUCCCUUUAUUCAGCAGCUGCGGGAUAUGGGUGCUCAAGUGUGUAAAACAUUCAACAAACAAGUCACCCAUGUAGUGUUUAAACACGGUCAUCAAGCCACAUGGAAUAAAGCGAAGAAAAUGGGUGUGAAGCUCGUGUCUGUCCACUGGGUGGCCAGGUGCAAAGAAAACGGCGAACACGCCGAUGAAGACCUUUACCCUGCUCACAACGAGGAGUCACAGCUUAGUCACUUGAAAAAGAGAACACACCGAUGCAUGCAACCCAGGGACAUUCCUCUAAGCACCCCUCAGCGCUUGAAGAGAAAGCUGGACAAAAUGAUGGAGGAACUAGUCCGCUCUUCUCCCGUAGUUACAGAUACAGACACAUCUCCAUUCAUUAUUGAUGAGGAGAACGGGAUAGUGUACAGUCCCUCUUCUAGAAGGGCUGACACCAUGGCUCAGCGGCUGAGGGAAAUGAGAGCACAGCGGGAGAAUCUCUCUCCUACUGCUUCUCAAAUACAGGGCUCACCAACGGAUGACUCUAUAAGGCCAUCUCUUGGGGACACACCCACAGACUUAAACAAACUGCUACUGGAGGAAGAAGAAGAGGCUUCGAAUUGUUUGUCACUCACCAGCUCCAGCAGUGAGACAGGAUUGAAAGAACGCCACAAAAAAAUAUCGUCUAAGAAGACAGCUAAUAGACAUGUUGAGAAGUCACCUCCUGACUUAGAUGUGGGUGUGAGGUUCAGCUCUUCAGGUGUUAAAGAAGUCGUCCCAUCACCACAAAAUAAAAGGCGAAGCAAAUCCUGUUCUAGAGUGAAGAAACAGAAACAGUCUUCUUUAGAUUAUGUGCAUACAGUAUCAUCAAAAAAAUCAGAUUCACCUCUUUUAUCUGAGCCUAAAGCUGGAGCAACAGAAAAACCUAGACAGUCAUUAGGCAAUAAGAAAAGAUCCCAAAUCAGGUCCUCUUUAAGCAGUAUGGAAACUGGACCAAGCCAACUUCCAGAAAGCACAAAAGAAAUAAAGACCAACAGUGACUCGGGUGAUUGUGACAGAACACAUUUGCUGAAACUUGCUUGUUCACCUAAAAGCAAUGACCUGAAGAUUCAGAAGGCACUUAAUAAAAAAAAGCCAGCAGACAUGUCUGGUUCUGGUGACCAAUUUGACCCUCAUAACGAUAACAACAAUGAUGACAGUGUGUUUGAGGACUACUUCACUUCAGCCAACGACGCACCAAAGCGGAAGGUCCUGGUACUGCAUUCGGCUUCUGAAGCAGAGCGUUUACCAUCUUUUGACCUACAGCCUCUGAACAGAGCUAGACGCAAGAGCCAUUCACGGGAAAACUGCAGCAGAAACAGAAAAUCUAAAAUCUUAAACGAUAGAGCUAUAAUGGAGGCAUCAGGCCCACCAGAGGAAGAGCUGUUGGCUGCAUGUAUGGGUGCAUCUCUCCCAGUUCCUAAGGAGUCCGAAUUUGAGAAGCCCGAGCAAGAGCCUGCUUCAAAGAAACAGCGGAGGACAACCAAGCAGAACUCGGUUACUCUUUCAGAAAGCACACACAGUAAAAGCACUUCAGAUGGGCUCACUGACAGAUGUACUGAAUUGUGUAGCGAGAUGAACAAAAAACGGAUUGUGAAAAUGGAUAAGUACAUGAAGAAGAAUAGAACAUUAGUAAUGACUAGCAUGCCAACUGAGAAACAGCAGACGGUCAUACAGGUGGUGAAUUCUCUGGGUGGCUUCACUGUGGUUGACACCGUGUGUGAGAGCACGACGCACGUGGUGUCAGGAAGUCCACGACGCACCCUCAACAUUCUACUGGGCAUCGCACGAGGAUGCUGGAUUCUCUCCUUUGAAUGGAUCUUAUGGUGUCUGGAGCACCGGCAAUGGGUUCCAGAGGAGCCGUAUGAACUAUCUGAUCACUUUCCUGCUGCACCGCCCAUCUGCCUCAAGGUUUGGCGCGUGUGUGCAUUCUGGGAUGCUUUUCUGCUCAUCCCGGUUGUAAAGAAUGAUUGAGUUACUAAAGCCUUCUUGUCAGCUUGAACAAGGCUGGCCAUUCUGCUCUGAACUCACUUAUCUGAGGGAUGUUUGCCUCUUGCUGAAUGUUUUUUGUUUUAACUAGAGACUGUUGUGUGUGAAAAUCCCAGGAGAUCAGCAGUUUCUGAAAUACCUAAACCAGCCCAGCUGGCCAACAACCAUGCCACGGUACCCCAAAAAAUUGCUUUUGAUGAGUAAAUAUUAGCCGAAUUGUUUCAAUACUAGACAGUGCAGUAUACUGUAUUUCAUCAUAAAUGUAUCUUUCAAAUCUUUUUUAAAAUUCUACAAAGAAUGUAGACUAGCCUAAUAUGCAAUGGCACAGCAUUAGAAAUGCACUUACUGUAUCCUUUGCCAAUGAAAACCUAAAAACUAAAGAGGUUACUGAUUGUUGUUUUUACCUGGCACAGCUUGAAAAGAGUCAUGUAUGAAGCAAUGUGAAUAAAAGCUGAUGGUUUUCAAAGAAGACUUGGCUGAAAAGUAGGCAUCCUGCUUGGAGGAAAGUAAAUGGUUAGAAAAUAGGUGCAGUAGGGUUCCUGUUUGUUUUCGCCUGCCCUGAAAUGGGCUUUUGUAAGAAAGAUACACAUAUUAGUGUUCUGGAUUCCACUUUCAUUAGUUUCUGUGAGCUAUGCCAAAAGGCUCUUCUGUCAGAGUCUUAAACCAUGAAGAGACAUCUGCGCUGCAAAAUCUCUCUAAUAGUGGCACAGACUGUAUUGUUUGGACUCCAUUUUCCAGCAGAGUGGCUUUCAAAAGAAAUAAUGACUUUGGGGUUUAAAGCGCAGAAUAUAAAUUCAAGUGAACAUACGCUAUAUCUUUACUCUAUGAAAUAUAUGGGAAUUGUUAACAUUUUACACCUAUUCCCUCGGGUACUGUAAGUGAUUGGACAUAUACACCGCAUCUUAAAUAAAACUGUCAGUUCAUGUCUGACCAAUUCACAAAGGGGGGGUAAUUCCUUCAGUCUUAACCUGCUGUUGGCAGUGAAAAACUGAUUCAGUUUUACUGGCAGCUCUGCAUGCACAUGCCACCAUGUUUCAUAGUGAGGUCAUAUUUGGAUUAGAUCCUUUUUUCCUUCGGCUUUCAUCAUUCAGUGGCUCUGGUACACUUUCAAUUUACCAUUGAACAAUGUGCCGCAUAGUGAACUCUGUUGUUACCAGUGCUGUGUGAAAGAGUGUUUCAGAGCCACGGUUGCACAUCACUACCCAAUCCCAAUCCAUCUGCCAGCUCAGAGGGGUCUUGUUUUCAGAAGCCUGUGUAUGGCUAUUAAAGUGCAGAAAAAAACCCCAAAACAGACUAAACUCUUGUUCCUGCUGCUUUCAGGUCAUCCUGCAAGUCUUUUCGAAUGACUGCAGGCUCCUCUCUUACCUUCCUUAACAUUAAUCUGAGAGAGCACUGUGAAGUCUUGCGUGGCGCAUCUGUUAUGGUUCCAUGAACCUUCCACCUGCAUUUCAUCGAACCAGGGGUGUUUAAGGUCUUUGCUAUGGCUCUGUAGCUUUUUCUGUUCAAGUGUUGUUGAAUAAUCUUGUCCCAGAAAACUUUAGGAAGCUUCUUCGAAUUCACCAUAAUUGCUAUUUGUUGCAUGAAAUCUUCCCAACCAAUGGCAGUAUCAUUUACUUGAUUUAUUUUUAUGUAAACUUUACAUUUAUAUUUUUU